GUUAAGCCUUGAGCUUGUAAGUUGUAAAUUGGCCACGACCGGUUCGCGAGGGGGGCGGUCGGGUCCCCAGCGUCAAGUGAUGGUCCCCUUGAUGUAAAUGGGCGUGCCGGAAAAGCCUAGCGGGACCCACGCCCGGCAAAAUAGCGGCAAGCUCCGACAAGCCCGCGUGGGCUAGCGGCAGUAAGACACUAGCCAGCUCGUCUUGGCUGUCCAACGGCGCUGUGGCACUCACGGAGCGUGCCCGCCGCCUAAGGUCCGACGCAGUCGCAGCGGAGAGGCUAAGGUCCGCAUCAGUCGCAGCGUAAAGGCUGCCCCGAAGCCGCCAGCGAGAAGGCAGGUCCGCCUCGGGUCCCCACCCGCUGGACGAUGGGGCAGCACUGGCUCCUCGUCUGCGCAGCCGCCCUGGCUACAGAUGUCGCGCCAGAGAUCGAGGAGCUGGCGCGGCGGCGCCUGAGGAAGAUGGGCGUCGUCUUCCUCGAGGACGACGACGCGGUGAACAUCCAGUCUGCCCUGUGUGCAAUUCAACCAGUGAGUCGGGUUAUCGCCGCCCUGUCACAGAGACAACAUCGCGUCGAUGGCGUGGGGCGCCCGACAUUUGAUUUCCGCACAGGUGCAUCGAAGAGAUACAUAAGUACAGCCUCUGCCUCCAGACCUCGGCCUGCCCGGUGCCGCUCGCUAAGGCGCCGGAUCGCGCGACGACGCCGCGCUGCGAGGGCGCGCCGACGGACGCAGCUAUCACACAACUCGUCGAGGAGCGGGUCCGCGCGACCGGCGACGAUGAGGCAACGGCGCGGGCGUACCUCACGUCCUACGACCUCUGCGCGAAAUGGGGCGACGAGGAGACGAAACAGCCCGACCGCAGUCGCCGGACGCGCGAGAACUGCCCGGCUGGCUGUGAUUAUGUUACGAAUUGCCAGCGCGGUUCGGUGUGGGAAUUACUGCUCGAUGGCGUGGAGGUCCCGCCAACGCCAUCGUGACGGCGCCUGCUCACUGGUCGACACACAGGUACGCCCCCGAAAUCUGGGACCCGGUCUACAACUGGACGAACAAGGACGGAGUGUUGCGACUAGUCAACCGCACGACCGAACCAAACCUCCUCGACGACGACAACACGGAAGCCAUGUGCGACCGCGUCUAUUCAACGACGAAGCCCUGGAGCUGCGCCUGGGGCGACGCCUCGGACGGCCUUGGGGCUGCGCCCAUGCGCUGGACGGAUAAUAACGGGGCGCCAGGAGCUGCCGGGGACGACGACUCGCCGAUGGGCGUGUCCUUCAACCUCAAGCACAAGAUCAACGCGUGCGGAUGCCAGUUCUGGGACGCGCUCUCGUGCCAGAUCGCGCACCGGUGCAACGGCACCCUGGCGGAGGGCCAGAAGGUCUGGCUGGCGGACGGCUCGAAUUGGCCCUGGCGCGACGUCGAACCCGGAACGCAGCUCCUGGGCGGCGCGCGGGCCAGGCGGUGGCCGGCAGAGGCGGACAUGCGGCCGACGCCGUGCCUGGACAUGUGCGCGUCGUCGUCGGCCGCGGCGACGGCGGCGUCGGCGCUCGCUCUCGUGGCCGCCGCCGCGGGGGUGGUGGUAAUGACUUGGUAGUGA